AUGGGAUCUGUUACGAAAGAAGAGCUGGAAAAUUUAGCUGUAAAUUUGAAGAAAGUACAAGAUAAAUUCCUUAACGAUUGGACUGGGGAAUCGUUUCGAAAAGCUCGUCUCGAGGAUAAAGAGAAUCACGAAAACAUACUAGCGAAAGGGAAAGGUAAAUGUGUUUACAACGAAGAUUGUAAUGAAACAGCAUUAUAAAAUUACCAAAUUUUCUUAUAACCCCCAACUUACAGAGGAGAUGAGGCAUCUAGAAGAGACGAUCAAUCAGUAUCAUUUUCAGAGUGAGAAGAAUUUAGAAGGUAAGACGCAAGUAGACGAAGUUAUCGUGUUUACUUCUGACCUGACUUCUAAACGAUGAAAUUGAUAAAAGCAGACCUAAAUCAAAGGUUUCCGACAUGUUUGUAGUUCUACGGCAGAGGGCUGAAGAAGUUGCCAAUCUGGAACGAGAACUGCGAGAAUUACAGAUUUCAGCGGAACGCUUGGUAGAACAAAGGAAUCAAAAUCAAAAACACUUUGAAGAAACCGAGUGUCAACUCCGCAAACAACAAGAAGGUACGUAAAUUACUUGUAUAGUUAAACCGCGUUUUGCAAGAUGGAGAGUAGUGAAAAUGGAGGUGAUAGAAAAAUUUUAUUUUUUCUGCGGUGAGAAGUGUCUCGAGAGACACCUUUGUCAAACAUGCUUAGAUCAUACUUACUUGCUUAGUUUUCAACACAUCUACAAAGAAACUUUACGAGUUUUUAACCAAGAUCAAGCCACACUGAGUACUACUAAGCUGACAGGAGACUAAUAAUCUCAGUUGUAAAUUAGCCAGUGGUCAAAUGAACUCUUGCAGCAGUAUCUGCUAAGGAGCAGAGCACAUCGUACAAGAUUAAACAGUUUACCAAAGGAACCGAGUACUUCAAAGAAAGACUGGGAUUAUCCUUCAAGAAGGUGGAUGGUAGGUUAUUAAAAGCAUUUUAAAAAAUUGCUAAUAUUGCAUUAGUAAGUUGGACUGGAUUAUGGUAACCUGGUACUAAAGAGUACAAAAGCGAGCAACGCGCAUCAUCUUACCAUUUAACUCAAAUAAUUAGGCAUUGGCUGGAUCAGGCCGAAUGAAACGUUCAGACCGCCGUUAGGAACUAGUUGAUAAAUUAUUCAUGAACAUUAUUCAAAGUGAACCGAACAAGCUCCAUGACCUUCUUACUGCUCGUACCACAAGUACUUUGAACCCUAGAAACAAACGGAAGUUUAGACCUGUGUUCAAGACACAAAUAAUUCGCAAAAGUUUUAUCAUUUUUAAUGCCCUUACAGCCUAAACUUUUUUACUAGAAUUUAAUCGACAUUUUUUAUUUACAAACGUAAGAUAUACAAACACAUUUUUGUACAAACUUGCUUUAAACUACCGAUAGUUCUUUUCAGUGUUAUUAUCUUCUGUAAUAAUCGUGUAAUUCAAUUUUUCAGUUGCAAAGCGAUUAUAAAUAAACAUUUAUCUCCUUAUCUAUUUAGGCUAAUGGCUUUAGUGGCAAAUUCCAUUUUAUACCCCACCCCCCCCCCCCCCUCCCCCCCCAACCAAAAAAAUAACAAAAAUGAAUGCAUCAAUAUACUUAAUAAAAGUGAUCUGAACCUCUUCCACUUCACAGAGGAACAUUUACAGUUUGUGUUCAAGUACAUUGACCCAAAAGAUGAAGAUAGGCCCUUUGUUUUCACUGUGGCAAUUACCAGUCUGGACAAGUACAAUGGUAAAACCCUCAGUCACUGAAAUGUUCAUCGUGUUGUUACAAUCAUGUUCUAUAAUCCUUUGCUUACACCAAGUGCUUGUCUGAUCCAACUUCUUCUUAACAAAUCUUAGCAUUACUUAGAACAGUAUUUAAUGAAGACUAGAAAAGUCAGUUGAAAAUGGCAACUAAAUGACAAAUUCAAAAUGGCCAAUCUAUGUAUUAGUUAAACAUAUUAAAUGUUUAAAGUUGACUAAUUAAGAUCCACUGUAGUGCAGAGUCAAAUAAUAAUAGUCAAUUCUUAUUUACAGUGAAGGAUUGUAUGCCAGAGGUCAAAGGACUUCCUGAGAUGGUGGAAAAGCUGAACAGCACAAAUAACUUCUCUGCAUUUGUUGUUGCCAUGAGGAGAAAAUUUAAAGAUUUGGUAGAAACAAAAAAUUAGACAUUCAAUCUACAACUCAGAUGAAGAUAUGUAUAUAAAAAUUGCAGUGUGGGAUUUAGCCAUGAUAAAAGAGUGUAUAAAAGAAACUUCUCUAAAGGAGUGUGUAAUUUUUCAUGCUUUUUAGUACAUCUUCAGCACCUAACACGGAGUGAAACAACAUUACAUGAUUCGAGGACCAGGUCAGGAAUUCUAAAUGGAAAUCUGCAAAUUAUAUUUCCUGACAUAUAAAAAUUGGAAAAUCACUGGUAGGGAAUUUUUCCUUUCCAUAAAAAGACUUGUGAAUUUCAGAAUUCCUAACUAGAGAAAUGCAGGAAAUAGGUGCACAAUGGAAUCCAUUUCCCAAGAUUUAGCUGUAUAUUGUCACAUUUUGAGUCUUGCAAAAGCAAAUAAAGGAAAU